AUGAGGGGCAUCCCGGGCUUAAAGCGGCUGCGGCUUAAAAUCUGCCGGCGAUGCGCCCUGCUGCUGCUCCUCCUUUGGGCUGCCUGCUGGGUGGUGGUGAGCGCUGCGCUGUUCCUCCUCCACAGGAGCGUCUUCUCCGAGCGCUGCACGGACGAGAAAAGCCACCGGAUCCUGGCCAGGCUGUGCCUCGACUACAGCAGCGGAGCCCUGACUGGGGACCUCUGUGAAGACCUGUGUGUGGCACAGAAGCUGGUGUACAAACACUGCCUUUACUAUGACAGAGGUAAGAAGGUCAUUCAGGCUGAUUGGAGAGGCCAGCCCAUCAUACUGAAAUCCAAAAAAGAAAUCUUUUCCAGCUACCAGCACCUCAGUAUGCUAGAGGAGGUGGAAACACAGGAUAUCCCUGAAACAGAGCUUCUGCUUAUGGUAGCUUUGGAGGUCAAAAAUGCCCUGGGGCUAGAACUGUCUAACAAUACCAUGGGGCCCCUGUGGACAAGGAAGAAGGGACCACGUUGGAAAGCACAGGUGGCCAGCAUGUGGUCCUUGCUCCAGCAGGAAGAAUAUAUCUACUUCAGUUUGCUGCAGGACUUCAGCAAACAUGUGCUACGAAUUAUUGGCUCUUGUGGACACUUUUAUGCUGUGGAGUAUCUCACAGCUGGACAUGCCUGGCACAAAACUCUCUUUCCCUUGGAAAACGUGAUCGGCCCCUCCCUUACUGGACACAGAAGCAGGGUGAGAGCCAUCAUUGACAUUGCACUCAGCUUUCUGGACAUGGUGCAGCAUUUUGAUAAUGAUUUCUCUCACCGACUUCACCUGUGUGACAUCAAACCAGAAAACUUCGCUAUCAGGCAUGAUCUCACGGUGGUGGCCAUUGAUGUGGAUAUGGCCUUUUUUGAACCCAAAAUGAGGGACAUCCUGGAACAGAAGUGCACAGGAGAUGAAGAUUGUAAUUUCUUUGAUUGCUUUUCAAAAUGCAAUCUGAAAAUCAGAAAAUGUGGAGCACAGAGAGCCAAUAACAACUUGCAAGUAAUUUGUGACAAAAUAUUUCGUCGCUGGUUUUCCCCAAAUCUCAGAGGACCACUGGUUUCCCUGCCCCUGCAGCUGCAGCUGCAGAAAGCCGUGCAGGAGUGUGCUCAGCCGGGGCACACGGGUGCCACCGGGCACCAGAGGACUCUGAAAUCACUCUCUGAGUUGUACCACCUGCUUCGGGUCACUCAGCAAGAGCUGCAAAGGGUGGAGUAGACACAAAAGGCAGAACUGCAAAGGCCACAUCCCAGUCUCUCUGCCACCCUUCCUAACCCUGUACUUUUACAGCACAGAGAUUGCUUUUCUGCUAUGCAAAUGAAGUUCACGGCUGCAGGUGCAGCAGGUCCUGAUAAUAUCCUAUCAAGUGUUAAAUUGCUUUACAUUACUUGGAUUCCGUUCUUGCUUAUUUUCCUGAGCCGGCACUACCCCUCUCCAUCAGCAUUCAGCACAUCCUUCUGAGCUGUAGUCACUGCUCAGAUAACAUCUGUCUGAGUGUGGAGCUCAGAGGAUGCAUUUAUAGAAGAAAAGUGCAAGUGCAGCAAAACUCUAUCAAUAAUUAAAAUGGGCAAAUAAGUAUAUGUAUGGUGUUUGUUUUAGUUUCUCUGUCAAAUUAGGGGAAUUUUUACAGUAGAGAAAGAGCAUUCUGUGUGAAAAAAAAAUAAGAUAAAAGGGGAUCUCAAACAGGGAAAUGUGCUGUCACACAAGGAAAGAGUUGCUUUUGUAAAAAGCUGUCCUUUUUGAUGUCCCCAAAUGCAUUUUCUCCGGGACAUUGCAUUACCUAUGCCAUUGCUAACUCUUUUGGGGAAAAAUUAUAUAAAGGUACUUUGGACUUUUCUAGAGCAAAAUAAUUAUACCCUUGCUGAGCUCCC